AUGGUGCAGGAGGAGUGCAAAGCGCUGCUGGACGCGCUCAACAAGGUCACCGCCUGCUACCGGCACAUGGUGCUGACCAUCGGCGGCACCUCGGACUCCCAGAACCUGCGGGAGGAGCUCAAGAAAACCCGGCAGAAAGCCCAAGAGCUAGCGGUGGCCAACAGGAACAAGCUCACCACGGUCCUGAAGGACAAAACCGUGAGUAAGGAAGAUAAAGCCGAGUUCGAGAGGCUAUGGGUGAUUUUCUCCACGUGCCUAGAGAUCCUGGAGAUCGACAUGAGGAGAGCCCUGGAGCUGGGCCACGAGUUCCCCCUAAACGUCCCCAAAAAGCACCUGAUCCAGACAGGCAUGAGCGGGGGAACCUCUGGCGUGGCCGCCAGGGCGAUGAGCGUUCAGAACAUGAAAUACGAGGCUGAGCACAAUAUAGACGUGGUGGAUUUGAAAGACCUCGAGAACGAAAUCAACCAGGUAGGAGAGAUGAUGUACGAGAUGGAAAUGAAGGUCAAUGUCCCCCAGUGGACAGUAGAGGCUAAGCAAGACCCAGGGGCUGAACUAAAAUCCACCAUCAGCGUGGGCGCUUCUUCUAUUGGCAUGAUCUCUGUGGAGGAAAAUAAAUCCUUCUGCGAUAUCAGCAAGGUUCUAGCUGGGAUUAUUUUCUCCGCUGUGCUCAUUAUCGCUAUUGUCCUGGCAGUGUGUGUGGUAAAACUCUCUUAG